AUGCCAAGAACAGGGAAGAUAAUACCAGCACUGGAUAUCAUAGAGGGCCUGGACCCACAAUGUCGAAAUGAAGACGAAAGGCUAAUUUUAGGGCGUGCACGAGCUAAACGUGGAACAUCUCUUGUCGAGGAUGCUACCAGUACCACUUGUGAAGAUUAUUUAAGUUCAGGGAUAACGUUGAAGGAUAUGUUAAUCGAACUAUCGUUGCCUUGUACAACACCUCUUCACGAUGUUGCUUGUGAAGGCCCUACCAUCCUUUCUCUUGAAAUCUUGAGGCUAAAGCCUUCUUUAGGGAAGAAGUUGAACCUUGAUGGGCUUAGUCCCUUGGACCUGGUUUUGCAUAAUGGACAUGACAGUACUGCGAAGCAGCUUGUCAAUCAUGAUCCAAACCUCAUUCGUGUCCCAGGGAAGGGAGGAAUCACUCAUUUGCAUUAUGUGGUAGAAACAGAAAAAAUAGAUCAUUUGAUCAAAUUUCUCCUGGAAUGCCCAUCCUCAAUCAAGGAUUUGACUAUUCGAAUGAGACUAUUUUGCAUAUUGCUAUCAAAAAUGGAAAGUUUAGAGCUUUCAAGGCUUUGCUUGGUUGGAUUAUGA